AUGACACCCGGCUUACACGUACAUAUGGACACGUAGUCGUAGCUACAGAAGCAAUAUGUUGUCGAAAAACCAGUCAUAAAACUGUUUGCUCAGACAAGAAGUAACAAAACGACGGAAUCUUUAUGGACCGGUAGUCCUCUGAAGUCCUCUUAAUGUUGGUCGUAUUCUAGUGUUUAAAUGGCUAGGUGUCCGUUAUAUCUCCCUCUGCCUGCAUUCUGGCACAUCAGCUUUCGACUGACCCAUCUGAGAAGGCAGACAGCAUGUGUCGCCCUCCUAGUCACAUGUCUCCUCAUCCUGUGUAUCUAUGUCUAUGAGACGAGCACGUAUGGCCCAUCCAGCAGAGGAGACAGGGACUACGAGAACUAUGUCCAGAAGUAUGUGCACGUGGAGGCAACCAACACAGAGGAUCCCAAUCUGUACUAUGGUGUUGUGGUGGACGCUGGCUCGAGUGGGACCAGGGUGUUUGUCUACUUCUGGCCCAGUCACACGGGCAAGAAUAAUGAGCUGCUGCAGAUACAUCAGAUGAGGGAUCCUAAUAGACAGCCAGUGGUCAAGAAAAUUAAACCAGGUUUGGCAGAACUAGCCAGCACCCCAUCUGAAGCAAGCAUCUACAUGAAACCAUUACUAAACUUUGCUGUCAAUCACAUCCCAGAAUCCAAGAUACCAGAGACACCACUCUACAUCCUCGCUACUGCUGGUAUGCGCAUGUUGCCUGAAAGUCAAUCUCAGGCGAUCCUGGAUGACCUCAAGAAGGACAUCCCGCUGGAGUAUGGCUUCCUAUUCCCCGAGAAGAACGUUGAAGUGAUCAGCGGGAAGCAAGAGGGUGUCUACGCCUGGAUCGGGAUCAACUACGUCCUGGGACGAUUUGAUCACAGCAAUAAUGAUGAGCCUGUUGUGGAGGUGGAGCUACCCGGAGCCGAGACGUCUCCUCAGACGGUCUCUAGGAAGAGAACCGUUGGAGUCCUGGACAUGGGCGGAGGAUCAGCUCAGAUUGCAUAUGAAGUCCCCCAGUCUGUAAGCUUCAAUCUCGCUAGUCCACAGGAGGUAGCGGCAAAGGAAUUGAUGGCUGAAUUUAAUCUUGGCUGUGACCAGCAUGAAUCCGAUCAUGUCUACAGGGUCUAUGUCACAACGUUCUUGGGCUACGGGGGUAACGCAGCCAGGUCUCGGUAUGAAGGUCUUCUCAUCAAUUCAACUCUAAGCAAUAAGGAUGAGAGUAAAUCUACCAUUGGGCUCAGCCCCUCCUCCCCGUUCCUGGACCCCUGUCUACCAUCCUCAAUGACGGAUCAGAUCGUCCGCGGGGGCAAGACCUAUCACUUUAAAGGGACGGGGGACUACGUGGCCUGCAAGGAAGUCAUGGUACCCGUCCUGGGCUCCAACAAGCAGUGCCAGAAGGAACCGUGUUCCCUUGGAGGGGUGUAUCAGGCGAAUAUUAACUUUGACAACUCUGAGUUCUACGGGUUCUCAGAGUAUUGGUACUGCAUGGAGGAUGUUUUGAGGAUGGGCGGGGUCUACGAGUACAACCAAUUUGAAAAUGCAGCAAAAAAAUUUUGUGCCACAAGGUGGACAUUAUUACAAGAACAUCAUGAAAAAGGUCUUUAUAGCAAAGCUGAUGAACAUAGAUUAAAAUACCAAUGCUUUAAAUCAGCUUGGAUAACAACAGUACUUCAUAAAGGGUUCAAAUUUCCAAAAGAUUACCAUUAUUUACGUUCUGCCAGCCUUAUACAUGAUAAAGAGGUCCAGUGGACAUUAGGUGCAAUACUGUAUAGAACAAGAUUUUUACCUUUAAGAGAGAUUCAGCAAGGUGCAUUCCAGAAGUCCUACAAGCCUCCUUGGAUCCGAGUGGCCGCCCCAUGGCUCUCAAACCAGUACGUCCUGGUCGUCUGCUUCCUGGUCGUCAUCGCCUUCAUCUUCAUGUACUCCCGCUGGCUGGGCAGGAUGAGGUCGACGUCGACGAUGACGGGGUUGACCAGGGUGCCCACCAUGGCUUACUUCAUGACGGAGGAAGGGCAGGUCCAGGACGGGGUCUACGACGGGGUCUACGAGAUGGACGGUAUCAAUAUGGGCUGAAGAUCAAAACCCUUGAAAGGACAUGCCCUUCAGUUCCCGGUGAGGUGGGGAUGUGUGAGUAGCCCAAGCAGAGUGUCUUGUGAAAUCGUUUAGUGGAAGAGAGUUUUUGAGAGGACAAUUGCAGCUGAUCGGAAGGUUAAAUGAUUACUGUAUUCAUGAGAGAAAAUUAUGGGAAGUAUGGUGAGAAGACGGAAGAGUCGUUGGGCAGGAUAUUAAACGGGCUGUAGCAUGAAGAGACUAUGUGUCUUUCCCGUGGCCUGACUCGGGGCCAAUCGGGUAUAAUACAACUACAGACGACGCGACCGCAGUAUUCACAUGCGUGCAACAUACACAAAACUGAAGCAUGAGGAGAACUUUGGUCUGUUUCGCGCCCUUCGCGAAACCCUAGUGCGCAGUGACCCAGUUUAUCAAGUCCAUUCGUUUACAUGCAGUUGUCCAAAAGAAUUUGUAGAUAGCGUUAACCAGUAUUUGCCAUGCUACAGCCCCUUUAAUAGAGAUAUCAUGAAAAACUAUUGUUGGAUUACCUAUCAGUGAAGAACAUCAGGGUUAUCAUCAAUAUAGAGCAUACUUGGUGCUUGUAUCAUGCAAGAGCAAUAGACUGAGUAGGGAAAAUGGACCAGGGAUGAAUUCUUGCUGAUGAGGUUUAUUUUUGUCCAACCUACCAGAAGGAUUUCUCAGAGGCCCUCCUCCUUGGAUGUCUACUAAAGGUCAGAUUACUCGAGAUUUGGACCAAGGUUAACAAAUACCAGCACAGUAUUCUGCAGGCCUGCUUAAACUCUUGAAAACUUCUGAACAACCCAAUACCAACCGCAACCCAGAUUCUGAUCAUAAUGUGUCAAAAAUAGAUUGAGUUGUGGCAGCAGGUUAUAUCAUUUGCUGUUGCAAGUUUGGUGCUUUACAAUCAAAUCUUGAUCAGACUUUCAGCCAGGAUUAGAGAAUUGGGGGUCAAAUUUAAAAAAAAUUGGGCAUCCAAAAUCAUGUAGUGAUGGUGAUUAAAUGAAAUGCAGGGCACAUCCCUCUAGAAAUUGGUGUCUUUUGGAUGCCCGGACACCAUCCUGGCUGAAAACCUGCUCGAGAUGUCUGUCUGCCUCAGUCUGCAGACAUGAUUUUCCACUUAAGUCAAGAUCUCCACUUAAGUCUAAAUUUCACUCAAGUCUAGAGAAGAUUUGUGAUGUGCCUACCCAUACUCUUCAUCCUGGCAUAUUAAGGAAGGUGGCUUAGAUGGAUGUUGAAUGAUUUUAAAGUGUUCACAUAAUAUUAAAAUGUACAGUAAUUGUAUAUUGCAAUUAUCUCAUGUUUUAUGUUACUGAAUAAUGCUUAAAAGUACAAUUCAGUAUUAAUGGGUCUAAAUAAAAUUUAUUUUAUUGCAAUAAUAGGAAUGAUCUACAGGCAGACUGAAUCAUGAAUUUGUCUACUGUAUGUAGAUUGUAGCCCAUAAUGUGGAUUGGGAAAUACAUGUAAUUGCAUUGGUCAAAAUUGUGAAUAAGAUGUAAACAAGACAUAUCGUCUUGUAGUGAAAUUAAUGAUGAAAAGUUACAGGGAAAUGGGAGAAAUGGAAGAAAAUGAGAUUAUGAAAUAAAACAUCCUGGGGACAAGGGGCAGCUAUUAAUGAAACAAGUGCAUUCUUAUAGGAAAUUAAUCAGAACUUGUUGAUGAGAGAGU